UAAUGUUAUUUUGAGUUAGAAAAGUGCAACCAUGCAAGAAAAUUGGACAUUCUGGAACGACAUGCGCGAGUUGAACGUCUCCGAGACGAACACUUCAGACGACAGCGAUCGGAACGUUUACAAUACCAGCGUUCCUUAUGACGUCAUGAAAAAUACUUCUGUGUUGGCAGUGUUCUUCUUAGUCUAUUUGAUUAUAUUCACAUUAGGGAUAUUCGGAAACUGUUUGGUUUGCUAUGUGGUGUUCAAAAAUAAGCAUAUGCAAACCGUUACUAACUUCUUCAUCGCGAACUUGGCUCUUGCUGAUAUUUUAUUGUGCGUUUUGGCAGUGCCGUUUACGCCUCUAUAUUUCGCCAUGGGGAGGUGGGCUUUUGGAAGAGUACUCUGCAAACUGGUACCGGUUACACAAGGUACCAGCGUUUACGUAUCUACUCUCACACUCAUGUCUAUUGCAGUUGACAGGUACUUCGUGAUCAUUCAUCCUUUCCGGCCAAAGCUACAGUUAAUAGUUUGUUAUUCGAUUAUCAUCAGCAUUUGGCUUUUUUCGAUGUCGUCCACGAUGCCAUAUGCGUAUUAUGUGAACCAAGAAUUAUACGAAGACGUCCUUUUCUGCGAAGAAUUUUGGCCAUCGGAGUUCAUGAGGCGAAUCUUUAGUUCGUUCACGACCAUCAUGCAAUUCGGGGUACCUUUUAUAAUUAUACUUUACUGCUACGUCAUGAUUUCGGUUCGUAUGAACGAACGAAUACGCAUCAAAUCUGGUUCACGCGGAUCCCAGAAAGAAGAAUCAGAUCGCGAGAAAAAACGAAGAACAAACCGAAUGUUGAUAGCGAUGGUGACGAUUUUCGGAGGUUGUUGGCUUCCUUUCAACACCAUUCAUUUGGUGGGAGAUUACAACGCGUCAGCCAGUAAAUCAGCUUACUAUAACCUGUGUUUCUUUAUAACUCACACCCUAGCCAUGUCAUCUACUUGCUACAAUCCUCUUCUUUACGCGUGGCUCAACGAAAACUUCAGGAAGGAAUUUAUGUUGGUCUUACCAUGCUUCAAAAGCCUUGAUGGACCCGCUGGCAGGAAGUCAGUGUACAGAUCUGAACGAACUGAUAACAAUAUAACCGUUGGAGAAACUCUACCUCAUCACGGUAACACUGAAAGUUCAUUUGUGGUUAGCGUGACGUGCCGUGACAACCACAAAGUGCAAGAAGAAAUGGUACAACUAACGACCAUAGCUGAGGAGCUCGCAACCAACGGAGAGAUUCGUGAAAAGAACGGAGAGGCACAAACUUCAGACACCAAUUUGACUACAAAUUCUACCGAAAAUAAGUGA